GUGACGUGACUUCCGGAAAUGAAUAAGAAGGAAGCAAUCUUGAUAAAUUACUCCAAAUCACAUGUCGUUGAGUGGAGUCUAUGGUGCCUCCAGAAGGUCUCUAAAAGUGUCCACAAGACCCAGGUAUUCGCAAUUAAAAUUUUCCUCCUCUGAUGAAGAUGAUUGUAUGGAUGACAUCCCUCUGAUGGCUGGAAGUGGAAAUAUACAAGACUUCCACAUUGACGAGAAUGACUCGUUGAUGAAGGAAAGAAAAUACCGCAGUUAUCGCACACGCUCAUUGAGCUAUUUCCUGUCUGAAGGCUGGAUAAAUAUGUGUGCAAGCUGCUGGAGCAGAAUAUUCAGUAGAUGUCGACGACGAAAGGAAUACAAGCCACGGACGGUCUACAUUGGUCUUGCCACAGGACCACAGGAAAAAUACCCCAGAAAUGUUGUCAAAAAUCAAAAAUACAGCAUCAUCACUUUUAUACCAAAGGUUUUGUUUGAGCAGUUCAAGUUUUUCCUCAACCUGUACUUUUUGAUAAUGGCAUGUGCACAGUUCAUCCCAGCCAUUAGAAUCGGCUACCUCUACACAUACUGGGGCCCACUGGGUUUUGUAAUAUUUGUAACAAUGUGUCGUGAAGCUCUGGAUGAUUGGCGCCGUUAUCGACGAGAUAAGGAGGCCAACUCCCAGAUUUACAAGAAGCUGUGUCGAGAUGGCAUUGUCCGCAUACCCAGCUCUGACAUCCGUGUCGGGGAUCUCAUUAUCGUUGAAAAGGACCAGCGGGUGCCAGCAGACUUGGUGUUUCUGAGGACCACAGAGAAAGAUGGAGCAUGCUUCACCAGGACAGACCAGCUAGAUGGGGAGACUGACUGGAAGUUGCGGCUUGCUGUACAGACCACACAGAGGUUGCCAUCAAAUGUGGACAUACUUGACAUCUGUGCCCAGGUCCAUGCAGAGAAGCCACAGAAACAGAUUCACAAUUUUGUGGGGACAUUUACAAGAACUGACGGCACAGCUUGUGAGGACCCGCUUGGCCUUGAGAACACAUUGUGGGCUGACACAGUGGUGGCCUCAGGAACAGCACUCGGAGUGGUGAUAUACACUGGGGCAGAAACCAGGAGCGUCAUGAACACCUCACAACCCAGCAGCAAGGUGGGGCUACUGGACCUGGAGAUCAACACGCUGACCAAGUUGCUGUUCUUUGCUGUCAUCGUCCUGUCUGUGGUCAUGAUGAUACUGAAGGGAUUUGGAGGUCCUUGGUACCGCUACCUGUUUCGGUUUAUCUGCCUGUUUUCCUACAUCAUCCCAAUCAGUCUGAGAGUGAACCUGGACAUGGGUAAGGCAGUGUACUCCUGGAUGAUCCAGAGAGACAAAGCCAUCCCCGGCACUGUGGUGCGCAGCUCAACCAUCCCUGAGGAGAUGGGCAGAAUCACUUACCUGUUGUCGGACAAGACUGGAACACUCACACAGAAUGAAAUGGUGUUCAAGAGGCUGCACCUGGGCACUGUGUCAUUCAAUGCUGAGACCAUGGAUGAGGUAAUGGCUCAUUUGAGGACAGCCUUUUCUCAGCCCCCAUCUGGUCAGCUUAUCCAGGCAACACCCACUCGUACAUCAGGCCCAGUUCGAAGGACAGUGGUCACUCGGGUGUUUGAGGCUGUGAAAGCGGUGGCACUCUGUCACAAUGUGACUCCAGUGUAUGAGGAGAACGGUGGAGCCAGUGAUACCGAGGCCGACCAGCAGAUCCGCCAGACUGUCACAUACCAAGCCUCCAGCCCUGAUGAGGUAGCACUGGUGUCGUGGACGGAGAGUGUUAAACUUACGCUGGUAAAGCGUGACCUGAGUUCACUGCAGCUUCGCACACCCCAGGAUGCCAUAGUCACAUACUCCAUCCUACAGAUCUUCCCCUUCACCUCCGAGACCAAGAGGAUGGGCAUCAUUGUCAGGGAAGAGCAGUCAGGGGAGAUAAUCUUCUACCUGAAGGGUGCUGAUGUGGUGAUGCAGAACAUCGUCCAGUACAAUGACUGGCUGGAGGAGGAGUGUGGGAACAUGGCGAGGGAAGGAUUGAGAACACUGGUUGUGGCCAAGAAGGUCCUCACUGAGGAACAGUACCAGGACUUUGAGAGUCGGAUCCACCAAGCCAGAAUGUCCCUCCAGGACCGGAACAGCAAGGUACAGGCUGUCAUCGAGAGUCUGGAGCGAGACCUUGACCUGUUGUGUCUGACCGGUGUGGAGGACAAGCUUCAGGACAAUGUUAGACCAACACUAGAGCUCCUGAGGAAUGCUGGCAUCAAGGUGUGGAUGUUGACGGGGGACAAACUCGAGACAGCUACAUGCAUCGCUAAAAGCUCCAAGCUGGUGUCUCGAAUACAAACAUUACACACUUUCAACAAUGUGACAGACAGAACAGAGGCUCACUUAGAGCUCAAUGCUCUCCGCAGGAAGAACGAUGCUGCACUUAUCAUUACUGGAGACUCAUUGCAGGUGUGUCUGAAGUACUAUGAACAUGAGUUUGUGGAGCUGGCAUGUCAGUGUCCGGCAGUGGUGGUGUGUCGCUGUUCCCCCACACAGAAGGCUGACAUUGUGAAGCUGUUAAAGACGCACACCGGCAAGAGGACAUGUGCUAUUGGUGACGGCGGCAAUGAUGUUAGCAUGAUCCAGGCAGCAGAUGCAGGCAUUGGUAUCGUCGGCAAGGAAGGAAAACAGGCGUCCCUGGCUGCAGACUUCUCCAUCACCCAGUUCAGUCACAUCGGCCACUUGCUGGUUGUACAUGGCAGAAACAGCUACAAGCGGUCAGCAGCUCUCAGUCAGUUCGUCAUCCAUCGAGGCCUCAUCAUCAGCGCCAUGCAAGUGGUUUUCUCUUCUGUUUUCUACUUCGCCUCACUUGCACUCUUCCCAGGAUUCCUCAUUGUAGGAUAUGCCACAGUAUACACAAUGUACCCUGUUUUCUCUCUGGUGCUUGACAAGGACGUGUCUCCUCAGAUUGCAAUGACCUACCCAGAACUAUAUAAGGAGUUGACCAAAGGUCGAUCACUGUCUUUCAAAACCUUCUUCAUAUGGGUGCUUAUAAGUAUUUACCAAGGGGGCAUAAUCAUGUACGGAGCUCUUCUGCUGUUUGAGGAGGAGUUCCUCCAUGUCGUCUCCAUCACCUUCACCUCCCUCAUCCUCACAGAGCUGUUAAUGGUUGCCUUGACGAUUCGCACGUGGCACUACCUGAUGAUUGUAGCUCAAGUCUUCAGUCUUGCCAUUUACAUUGCAUCACUAGUUGUCCUGAAAGACUACUUUGAUGCUAAGUUCCUCCAGACGUGGGACUUUGUGUGGAAAGUGUUGGUCAUCACCUCGGUCAGCUGCAUCCCCCUGUAUGUGUUGAAGUAUCUGCGGAAGAAGUUCUCCCCUCCCGUCUAUUCCAAACUGACACCAUGAGUAUCUGGUAAGCCAGGGACCUGGAUCUGCUGGCACCCAUGUGACAGGUCACGUGGAAACCUGCACAAGCAUUACUAUGAAGUGUGGCCAACGUAUUCUGACAAGUACUGAAAUGUGUGAACUCAACCAGAUAUGUUGAGUAUCAGAAAGAAUUUUAUCAUCCAGCUCACAUUGAAUCAUACGAAAGGAUAUGUGGAAUUGAAGUGAAAUUCUCUUCUCUCGCAGGUAUUCCUGUGAUGUGAAGGUGGGAUAAAUGAAAACAAUGUGAAUAUCAAAGAAAAUGUAUCCAUGAAAAAAAGUGACCAGUUAUUUAAUGUUUUAAAGAGAACUGUAUGAAGAGAAUGAUGUACAUCUAUCUCAGAGCAUCUUUACAAAACCCAGUCUAUCCCAAGUGAUGCCUCGCGAGCAUUAAAACAUUUAUUGUAAGGAAACCUGGAUGAGGUGACUUUUCUGCCAUUAACCAGUGAAUCGUGCAUAGAUCUGUAGUAUGUUCAUGGACUAGUACUGUGAGCUGAUUGCAGUCAUGGCUCUAAAGAUCAGACAGGUCUUCCAAUGAUUAGCACUGUAAUUACACCGGUAGUGAUGGAAGUCUUGCAUGUCAAAUCAAGGGAGGUUCCCUGGAGAAUGAACUGCAAAUGUUUGAGUACAACAAAUUAGGUAAUGACAGUCCUGCAUAUGUAAAUAUUUUUCAAAGCUUAUUUAUUAUCCCAUUCACAUUGUAUUAUGAUAAGGGGAAAAAUGUAUAUAUGCAUUUCUUGUGCUGCAUGUAUAUAAAAUAUGUUUUAUA